GCUUUAGUUCUAAGGUCACUUAAAAACCAUUAAGCUUAGAAGCUGUUCCUUGAGGCAGACUUCAGUGGUAUUUCAGAAGAAUUUGAUUACAUCUGGACACAUUAUUCAUAUAGAAGUGGAGUUUUCAUCACACUGAAAACUGGAGAAAUGGUUCUUAUGGGUGUGGAUGCCAGAUGCCUGGGUCUCUUUCUUCUUUGUACAAUAACCAGUCAUUCUUUGGAGAUAAAAGUUAAUCCUCCCCAGGAUUUUGAAAUACUGGAUCCUGGAUUACUGGGUUAUCUCUAUUUGCAAUGGAAACCUCCUGUGAUAAUAGAAAAUUUUAAGGAAUGCCCACUAGAAUAUGAGUUAAAAUACCGAAAUGUUGGUAAUGACAGCUGGAAGACCAUCAUUACUAGGAAUCUCAUUUACAAAGAUGGGUUUGAUCUUAACAAAGGCAUUGAAGGAAAGAUACGUACACGUAUGUCAGAGCAGUGUGCAAAUGGAUCAGAAGUUCAAAGUGCAUGGACAGAAACUUCCUAUUGGAUAUUAAAUGAAGGAAGCAUGGAAACUAAAAUUCAGGACAUGAACUGUAUAUAUUAUAACUGGCAGUAUUUGGUCUGCUCUUGGAAGCCUGGCAAGACAGUACAUCCUGAUACCACUUAUACUAUGUUUUUCUGGCAUGAGGAUUUGGAUCAUGCUUUGCCGUGUGUCCAUUACCUUCAGGAUAAUGAAAAAAAUGUUGGAUGCAAACUUUCCAACUUGGAGACAUUAGACUACAAAGAUUUCUUUAUUUGUGUUAAUGGAUCCUCAAAAUUGGGACCUAUCAGAUCCAGCUACAUGGUUUUUCAACUUCAAAAUAUAGUUAAACCAUUGCCACCAGAAUUCCUUCAUAUUGGGGUUGAGAAUUCCAUUGAAAUUACAAUGAAAUGGAAUACACCUGGAGGGCCCAUCCCACCAAGAUGUUACACUUAUGAAGUUGUGGUCCAAGAAGAUUAUAUUUCCUGGGAGUUUGCCACAGAUGAAAAUGAUAUGAAGUUGAAAAAGAGAUUAAAUGAAAGUGGAGAACUAUGCUUUCUUGUAAGAAGUAAAGUCAAUAAAUAUUGUGCAGAUGAUGGGAUCUGGAGUGAAUGGAGUGAAGAGGAAUGCUGGGAAGGUCAUGCAGGGCCAGACUCAAAGAUUAUUUUCAUAAUACCAGUUUGCAUUUUCUUUAUAUUCCUUUUUAUUCUUCUUUGCCUUGUGGAGAAGGAUGGACCUGAGCCAACAUUGAGCUUUCAUGUGGAUAUCAACAAUGAAGUUUAAUCUUAUGAAGAGACCCUUUUCCUGUCAUAGAACCAGGCAGCAUGAGUUAUAUUAAAUUCAACUUUUCUCUUCAGAUUUCUAAUAUAUCUUCUUGCAAACAGUGUUUGUUUUAUUUUGAUUUUUUGGGGUGUUUGACUCAAAGGCUGGAUAUGUAUCUCAAGUGGGCUUAGUAUGUGAUUGUCCUGAUUCUGCCUUUCAAGUACUGGAAUUACAAAUGGGUGUCAUGCUCACUUUCAUUAUGGAAUUUAGGUACACUUUAUGGUGCACAAACUCUUAGCAGAUAGUAAAUUUACUACACUGUGUAAUCAUUUUCUUUUUUCAUAAGUCUAUGGUGAGAGUUUUAUAUGUAGAGAAAUCAAGAAAUGGAUCAGAUUUUAUUCAGUGUUGUAUUAAAAAUAUAACAUGAUCUUGCAAUGUGAACUACUGCCAUAUCUUGGAAAAUGAGAUUUAAUGUUUUGUGGAUGGUUGUUUUAAAAUGAAUUCUUGAUGAAAAGCCUCACCAUGAAUAAGAAUGAAGAAAGCUUCA